AUGCCUGCUGGAAUGCGAUUACCUCAAGGGCUAUUGCCAUCCAUGGAAUCAAGUGAGAAACAAACUUCCAGGUCUGGCAAUGCCUGUAGCAAUGGUAGUAAUAAUAUUAACUGGGAAGAGGAUCGGACCACCCCACAUAUCAAUAAAUCGGUCGGCAGGACUCAACGUAUCAAUGGUAAACGGGAUUCAUCGGUAUUGGAUGUGAGGAAAGAAAAAGCUCUUGAGAAGACUAGACGUCAAGGUGGAGUUUACUGUUGUAUUGAUAGCUGUUCCAAUGUUUACGGCCUAAAGUCAAGACAAGGUACACAUACUGCUGUCUUCGCUAUAAAAAGACAAUACAGACGUCGUAUUAUUUCGAAUGGAUGUCCUGAAGUCACAACAGAGAAUGGCUCUAGUGACAGUGCCGCUGCUGUUGCUGCUGGUGGUGACGGCGUCAGCGGCAACGGUAUUGCUUCCCCUGCCACUAAUCAUAAUCAACUAGUUCGUGUUAAACGGAAAUAUCAUCGUUCUAAUGCAUUUUCAAAAUUAGCUAACAUCAGUGCAAAGAGGGCUUAUACUCGUGGAAAAUCAACCUCCAGUUUGACUAGUGCAAUUUCCAGUCAAGAUUUAAUCAAAGAGUAUCAAGGAUUCAUAGAUAAGUUUGCGAUUCCAACGCAUUUGUAUGCAUAUCUUGCUGAACGUCAUCGUGAGCGUCGAUUAUAUGCUUAUCGUAAUCUCAGUUAUCUAAUGCCUGCUGCUACUGGCAAACGGUCACCACCACGUCCACGUCCAUCUCUCGAAGAGAUUGUUAACCGAUUAAAACAAAAUUGUCUACAGAAUCAAUCAUUAGCAUCUAGUAAAGCAUUGAAGCUUGAUCAUUCCUUAUUACCUCCCGGUGAAUGGCCUCAGGAAUUAGAAAUCAUUUUUGAUGGAUUUUUUGAUAGUGAAAAAGAAUUGGAAUGGGUCACUGUAAAUGCUUCUGUCAGUUUACGUUUACGAUUCGGUUGGGCAUGGCGGCGUAAAAUGUGUCCAAGUGAUACAGUUAUCAAGAUAACUAAUCAUCCAAUACGCAUGAAUUGUUAUAGUCAGUCAACUGGUUAUAGUACAAUUAUCAAUACUCACGCCAACAACUCAGGUUCAUUAACUAACAACACGUCAAAUGGCGGCGGCGGCGGUGGUGCUCAUGAGAAAGAUGAUAAACGUAAACAGUUGACAAAUAAUAAUAAUAAUAGUAUUGUUAAUGCGUGUCGUUUCUCUUUAACUCAUCUACUCGAUGAAGUUCAAUGGCAAGCGUCUGGUAGUCGAUUAACAACUAUUCAACUAGAAUUACAUGUUUCUGCUGUUGAAAAACGCUUGUUAAAACGUCCAGAUAUUAUAAAUAGUCCGAAUGGCAUCCUAUCAAGUAUGCCAAUGAAUUCUACUCCUACUCCUACUCCUCCUCCUACUACUACUAACCAGAAUAAUACUACAUUACAAUCGACGUCUACGUCUACUACGCCGACAACAUCAUCUCCAUCCUUAUCGUUGUCACUGGGGAAUCCAAUAAGCCGUAAAACUGGUUUAAGUGUAGCCUCUUAUCCUGUGCAUUAUGUGACGGCUCCUUUGCCUUUGAUUACUACGCCUUACAAUUUCAAUACCUCUAGUGCACUUCGUCAAUUUCAUUUAAUUCCUGGUUAUUAUGAACUAAGACUUGGUGUGGAUUCAUCAGAAACUAAUGAAUCGACUUACAGUACUACUAAUACUACAAGUAUACCAAUUAAUUUUCCCCCAGUUAUUGGACAAGUCGAUAACACAUGUUCUGGUUCAAUUGAAUGGAAACGUAUACGAUUUCCUAAAUCAUCUACUGCUGAAGAUGAAUAUUCUCGUUGGCCACGUCUACGAUUCUCUGUUGUAUGGCAUAAAAAAUCAAUCGUGAAAAAUGAAAACAUUUCAUCAUUAUCACGAUUAAUAGAAACGCGUAGUCAAUAUAUAAAGAAUAAUACUAGUAAUAAUAAUAAAUUUAAUAGUAAUCAUACAGAUUCCCCCGUGGAAAGUGAUCGAGUUUCCUACACACGAUCCAUGACAAAUUCUUUGAGUCGUGAUUCAAUCAAAUAUGAAAAGCAUCAACUGAACCUAUCUGCAAAGAGUAACAAUAGUAGUAGUCCUACAACAAGAGUGUCAACAACAGAAUCUCAUAUUACAAAUGGUAUAAAUGGUAAUCAUUUAAGCAAUAGUAUAGAUCAAGAUAUAUCAUUAUCAUCAGAUCAUGCAAAUGAAAUGAAUCAUUCGCAAUCAUCGAUUGUUCCAGUAGCAGUUGGCGGGGGAGGAGAAAGAGCAGGAGGAGAACUAGAAGUCAGUCAGCAUACAGCUCCAACAAAUUCACCAUUUCCUGAUCAUCCGAUAUCAUUUGCUUUUGUAUAUGGAGAUAAUUUAUCCCAUUGGUGUAUAUCUACUGAUCUAAAGUGUCCAUGGUGUUAUUUAGAUUGUUCUAGAGCUGGCAAUAAAGGUAUUGAAGCCUUACUUAUUCAUCUUCGAAGUAGUCAUGGAAGAUUUCGUUUCAAGGCUAAAUGGAAUUCAACACGGAAUCAAAUAAGCCUACAAGUCACUUUAAAUGAUGCUUAUGAUGGUUCAAAUGAUUGUGGAUUACGUAGAUGGUGUAUUGGUGUAUAUAAAAAUUUUAUUAAACGAUGUCAUCUCAUUACACCGAGUCAGUUAUUUGUUAAUGGUUGGAUGAAGACUGAUAAUGAUCCUAGUGAAAGUAAUAAUAAUAAUAAUAAAAUUAUUAAAAAGGAAGACAAUUCAGAUUAUCAUCAGUAUUCCUCUUCAUCGAACAGUCAUAUUAAGGCUAUACUACGUAUUCGUUGUCCAAUUCGACGUUUCCCUUAUACGCAUAUCAUAUUUUGGCGGGGUGCUGAACUUUGCACUAGUAGUAAUGAACUUGUCGACUCAACUGUCUCUGUACAACCUAUGCUUGUUGGACAUAAUCGUGUCUAUUAUCAUACAACAACAACACAACCGAUUCGUGCCUGUGAAAUUCAUGUAGACUCAGAUGAUGAUGAUGCUCCAGAUUGGUUACGUCAACAUUAUCAGCGUAAAGUGGAAGAAUUCAGUGAUGUAAAUCAGGGAGAAAUCAAAGUCAUGGAAUUAUGGAAUUAUUUCCUAUUAUCUAUUCGUCCAUCCAUUUUAAUUGUUAGUGAUAUUCAAGUAGCAAUUUUAACAUGUCAAUUCAUUCAUAAAUAUUAUCGUUUAAUACAUUCACGUCGAUUACGUGCAAACCUCAUACUACACUUAAAUAAUCUUAUCGAUUAUGGUUUAUUAUCAUGUGAACAUUUAUUUUACUUAAUACGGAUAUAUGAUCAAUUUGUUAUGAAUGCUACAUCAAAAAGUUUCCUGCAACAGAAUCAACUUGUUGCUGAUAGUAGUAUUCAAGCAUUAUCAGCAUUAUUAACAGCAUCAGGAUCAGCAUCAUCGUCGUCCUCGUCUUCGUUCUCGUCGUCGAUGUCGAUAUCAUCAUCUUUGUGGCCAUCACCAUCAGCAACAAAAAGAACACCUCCGCCUUCGUCUCUGCCUCUGUCUACUGCGCUGAUUAAACCUGAAGAAUUAAAUCAUCAUCAUCAUCAUCAUGCGAAUAGUAAUAAUGGUCAUAAUAAUAAUAAUAAUAAUAAUAAACGUAGAGAGAUGAGAAUUCCACCGCCACCGGUGUUCGAGGCAUUGAGGAUGUCGUUCACUUCAUGA